CACGUGACCAACAACCGUGGCCUCGGGGCCGGAAGCGCUCCCGAGCCCACGCGCGCGCUCUCGGGUUUCCAGGCGACCGGGAGCCUCCCCAACUCUGGGCCCUGCCGCGCGCUGGCGCUCGUUCCCGGUUUUCCGGGCCCGGAGAGCUCGGAAGCGGCUGCGCGCACGCUGCCCAGCCAGGUCCCCGCCCCCAGGCGCGCGGGGUUCCGGGGCAAUACAGCCAUGUGCUCGUUAGCGUCGGGCGCUGCGGGGCUAAUUGUUUGCGUGUGCUAGGCGGCCGGGGUGCUAUGGAGGACGAAGACGACCUGCCAGAGCUGUCCGACAGCGGUGACGAGGCCGCCUGGGAGGAUGAGGACGAUGCUGAUCUCCCCCACGACAAGCAGCAGACGCCCUGUCUGUUCUGUGACAGGUUAUUUACAUCUGCUGAAGAAACAUUUUCACAUUGUAAGUCUGAGCAUCAAUUUAAUAUUGAUAACAUGGUCCAUAAACAUGGACUGGAAUUUUAUGGCUACAUUAAACUAAUAAAUUUUAUUAGACUUAAGAAUCCUACAGUUGAGUAUAUGAAUUCCAUAUACAACCCAGUGCCUUGGGAGAAAGAAGAGUAUUUGAAGCCAGUAUUAGAAGAUGACCUAUUACUUCAAUUUGACGUAGAAGAUCUUUAUGAACCGGUGUCACUCCCAUUCUCAUACCCCAAUGGACUCAGUGACAAUACAUCUGUUGUUGAAAAAUUGAAACAUAUGGAAGCCAGAGCACUGUCUGCUGAAGCUGCAUUAGCUAGAGCACGUGAGGAUCUGCAAAGAAUGAAACAAUUUGCUCAGGAUUUUGUGAUGAACGCAGAUGUCAGAACCUGCUCGUCAUCUACUACUGCCAUUGCAGACCUCCAGGAAGAUGAGGAUGGUGUUUAUUUCAGCUCAUACGGGCAUUAUGGGAUACAUGAAGAAAUGCUAAAGGACAAAGUGCGAACAGAAAGUUACCGAGAUUUUAUAUACCAAAAUCCACAUAUCUUCAAAGACAAGGUAGUUUUGGAUGUUGGCUGUGGAACUGGAAUUCUCUCUAUGUUUGCAGCUAAAGCUGGGGCAAAGAAGGUUCUUGGAGUUGAUCAAUCUGAAAUACUUUACCAGGCAAUGGAUAUCAUAAGACUAAAUAAACUUGAAGAUACUGUUAUACUAAUUAAAGGAAAGAUUGAAGAAGUUUGCCUUCCUGUAGAAAAAGUGGAUGUUAUUAUAUCUGAGUGGAUGGGCUAUUUUCUUCUUUUUGAGUCUAUGUUAGAUUCUGUCCUUUAUGCAAAGAACAAAUACUUGGCAAAAGGAGGAUCGGUGUACCCUGAUAUUUGCACUAUUAGCCUUGUGGCAGUAAGUGAUAUGAAUAAACAUGCUGAUAGAAUUGCUUUCUGGGAUAAUGUUUAUGGCUUCAACAUGUCCUGUAUGAAGAAAGCAGUUAUUCCAGAAGCUGUUGUGGAAGUUUUAGAUCCAAUGACUAUUAUUUCCGAUGCUUGUAGUAUUAAGCAAAUAGAUUGCCAUACAACCUCUGUCUCAGCUUUGGAGUUUUCUUCGGAUUUUACCCUGAAAAUUACAAAGACAUCCAUGUGCACGGCAAUUGCUGGCUACUUCGAUAUAUAUUUUGAGAAGAAUUGUCACAGGAGGGUUGUGUUCUCCACGGGCCCCCAGAGUGCCAAAACACACUGGAAACAAACAGUAUUUCUACUGGAAAAGCCAUUUUCAGUGAAAGCAGGUGAAGCCUUGAAAGGAAAGAUCACAGUCCACAAGAAUAAGAAAGAUCCACGUUCUCUCAUUGUGACCCUCACAUUGAAUAAUUCAACUCAAACUUACGGUCUCCAGUGAAAAGCCCACAAAAGCACAACUAACUUGCGGUUUUUAUUAUGGAGGGUGGGACAUGGGUAGGGGGUGGAGAGAGGGGCUUUGUUUGAGCAUGUGGAUGAUCCUUCCCUAAUGAUUCUCCUCAGUACCAGAAACACAUGGUAGGAAUCUAAUAUAAUUCAGCUGAGGGGAACCAACUGAUCCUAGUGGACUGCCUACAUAAUCACAGUCUUAGGAGUCUGGUCAGCAAGAUUUUACUAGAUACAACCCCUACAUUGAGUUUAGCUGCAUUGAAGAUCAUUUAAAUAGGCCUAAAUUUGGAACAGAGAUAUUCUUUUGUUGUUUUUAAUGUUUCUUACUAUAAAUUUUAAACACUAGUAACUGA